AUGUCCUCGUCAAGCCCAGGUCUUCACCAACCUCGUUCGCAUCACUUGCCUAGUCGCCACCACCACCAUAAUCAUCAUCAUCAUCAUGGUUCGAGAAGCUCUACUCUUUCUUCAGCAGCUUCUCGUGUCCUCCCGCCUAAAUCUAUUAGUGAGGGAAACAUGACAAACAGCGUGAAAGCUAAUGAUGUCAGCUCAGUGGCUUCAUCUGCUGCCUUUGACUCACAACAGUCAGUGGAAGAGAUUUCUGACGCUGGUUCAAGUAGCGCUAUGGAAACACCAACGUUUGUACGACUUGCUCCAUACUUUGAGUCUAUUCCCAAUAGGAAAUAUGCAUCAUUAUCAAGGAUUCGGCAACAACAAUGCGUUAAUCUGGCCGCUGACCCCUCCAUUCAAAGUCUUCACAGCGUGGAUGAUCUCCGUUUGAAUGGAAUUCUAAGUCAGACUAUUCUAGAAGACCGUGAACCUAUUACUGAAAUGAAACAGGACUCCAACUACGUUCCCCUACAAACAUCGACUCCCCAGAAAGAGAACCCCGAAAAUCCACUAGAGACUUCAAAAUCUAACGCAAUUCCUAAAUACGCAACUGCCAUCACCAGCUCAGAUAACGCCGAUGACUCCAGUGUCUCACCGCCCAAUCCCUGUCGUGUAAUUUCGCGUCUUUGGCGAUACGUCCUAGUUACCGGCGGCCUCUCCCUACUUAUAAUCGUCCUUGGCACAACGUUAGCAACAGAAAUUGGUUACCAAGGCCCAAUAGUAAUGCGAAUUCGCAGAACUCACUUAUUCACUAAUUGGGAAGCCCAUUGUUAUCUUCCUCUUCGGUCCCUUCUUUUGGGAACUUUUCAAUAG